UGAGCGCUACGGUUCUUUCGCUUACCCCUCGCCACGUACGGCUUACAACCCAAAUAAGGAGGACGAGCAAUUACAACAACUUAUUCCUGGUUAUAAAGUAUCAGAACACUCACAAAGCUCACUAUGCAAGUCUGGCCGAGUUGGAGAGUCUGGUGAAGCGGAAUCGAUGAAUUCUGAUUCAGAUGCAGGAGAUGCUGCCGAUAACGACCUGAUUCCUCAAGCUAACCUGCCUGAAGGUGAUCGUACAGAAGAAAAUCGUUCUGAAGGUCGAAACUUCUUGGCCAUGUUACAACUUGCACCUCGAACUGCUGCCGAAGCUGCCACGCCAAGAACAGCUACUCCCACUUCAACAUCCGCAUCACCGACCCCGAGUCAGAAUAUGGCUCCUGUUUCAGUCUCUAAACAACCAACGCCCAAUACGACAUCGACUGCUGCCGUAAAAGUACAGGUUAAAAAUAGCAAAACUGGACGUGUUGCCAACACUAAAACGAAUUGCGGCGAAACAGUUGAAGAUGUGCUCACCAAAAAUGCAGGUGCGCCUGUGAACGAUAACAGUAUCAAUGAAGCUGCUUGUGAAAUCAUCAAAUUAACCAAACCUCAACUAGCUUCGCCGUCACGAAGAUCCUCGACAUCGAAAGAGAUCCCUGCUGUGAAAACGGAACCUGCAGAUCCUGAAAACGAAGAUGAUUCCUGUUCCGUGACGGGAUCCAAGGCUUGUUCAAUUUCCCUAGCCAUCGAUAACGUUGUCGGAAACUACAAGCCUACAGUGGUUGUGAAACCCAAACCUGAAGCAUCAACGAAAUCUACUCCAAAGUCUGUCGGCAAACCUACCUCUUCCAAACCAUCGGGUUCUAAACCAUCGACUCAAAAGCUCCUGGCCAGAUCCACACCUAAGACUACUCCAUUUCGACCUUCGGGUGGGAAAAUUAUUUCUGCCUCGAAAAUGAAUGCUAAGGCGAAUCGUCGUCUGGUUGGUGAUGACGAGGAUGAAGAUCUCGACCCGGCAAUGUACCUGGAUCCCACGAUCACAAUAACUCUGAUUAAUAACGAUGAGAAGAAAGCAGUGAGCAAACACGUCAAUGAUGUUUCGAGUGCUAGUUCUAUUAGUUCCAGCGACCUUCAGGCCUUGAAUGCUCUGGGAGAGAAUGUGUCCAUCACAGUUGUGCCUAAAAGAAAAGUGGGAUGA